CUCUUCAAUCGCUGGGCAAUGGAGACGGUCAGGCUCCGCUUAGUGAUCGACAACGCUUUGACUACGACGACGGAAGGACUCAGAAAGUGCUGGAUUCUAUUAAAACCCCAACACAAAACCAUCUCCGAUCUCUCCUCCCAUAUCCUCCAGGUGUUCGACCUCCACAAUGCAUGCCCCAGCGGCCUACUCCUCUCUAUGGAAGGGUUUGUAUUACCGCCUUUUGAGUCCACUUGUAUUUUGAAGGAUAAAGAUAUUGUCAGAGUGAUAAAGAAGGGUGGCACGGCUACUGAAAUUAUCAAGAUAGAUGAUUGGCUGAAUGAUUCGUUGAACGUGGUGGAAAUAAUUGACAAGCCACCGGUAACCACAGGCACGAAUCUGCUUGCGAAUGAGGAAUUUGAAAAGGAAUCUGACAGCUAUGAAAAUGAACAAGAGGUGGAUGUUGCUGCAGAGGUGGAGGAUAUCGAAAUUAGUCCAGAAGUGAAAGCAGUUUCGAAGAAGAGAAAGGCAUCAAAGGAUGCUCACAGCCCAAAGAGGAAGAAAACCAAAUCUGCUAGUGCUAAAAAAUGCCUAGAGGUUUCAGAAAAUGUAGUGACUGAUUUCUCUGCAAAGCAGAAUGGCACUUUGAGCAUUGUUGAUGUUGAUGAAAGAAGUGGCAAGAGUGGGAAAGCUAUGCGUGACACUAAGAAGAGGAAGAAAACUAAAUCUGCUAGUGCUGAAAAAUGUAUGGAAGUUUCAGAAAAUGUUGUGACAAGUGUCUGCGCAGGGCAGAAUGGCACUUUGAGCUUUUUUAAAGCAGAUGAAAGAAGUAGCAAGAGUACAGAAGCUACUUUUAAUGCACAGAAGUCUUGCCAGCCUGAACAAAAUGGAAAUGGGAGUGUGGAUGCAUCACAUAUACUUUCUGGAUCUAAAAAGUGCCCCAGUAGAAGUGCUAGGCGUAAAAAGGCCAAGAGGCAAUGGUUGAAGGAACAUCUCAAAACUGAAAAGAAAGCACAAAAUAAGAGGGAGUUGCUUUUGAAUAUCAAUCAGCAAUCAUCUGAAAAGGAUAACCAGAAAUUUUCUGGAGAAUCACCUGAACCAGGAAGUCAGAAAACCUCUGAAGAAAAACUCAGGGAAGACAACCAAUUGGGAGAGCGAGAUAGUGAUGUAGAGGGUGAUGUUGUUCCUGUAGUGAUCAGGCCGGGACAUCUUUGUUUUGAGCCGCUCAAGAAAGGUCUAAUGCUUGGGGAUUCUGAUCAUGCUGUUCCGCAAAAUCAUGUUUCUAUUGAAAGAUUUCAGUGGAAUGGAAUAACAAGCAAAAAGAAGGGCCAAAAGUGGGGUAAAGAGAAAGUGGUGUCAUGUAAAAGGAAUGAUUAUGUCAAUUUCAAGAAAGAGUCUUACAGCAGUCUUACUAUUGAAGAACGCACACCUGUAUAUGAUUGCACCAACUUUGAAGAGUUUCCAUUCUAUGCUAGCUUGCCAAAGGAAGGUGAUGUAAUUGCUUAUCGUUUGGUUGAGCUGUCAUCAUCCUGGACCCCUGAGCUCUCAUCAUACCGUGUUGGAAAGGUAUCAAAAUAUGAUCUUGAAUCCAAUAUAGUUAUGCUGGUCCAAGUACCAGAAUAUCCAGUAAUUCCUGAGAAGAUAGAUGAUGAGGCAUCUGAUGCACUACCAGAAACAUCCCCUUAUCAGGAAGAUGGUUCCUUAGAGAUAAAGUUUUCAGCACUUUUUGAAGUUCGCCUUGUUCACCAUGGCAAUCUAAAGUCAGCAAAAUCAGUUACUGGUGGAUCUAAUGAAGUCCAUGUAAGGGAUCAAGAUUCUGGAACUGGUUUCAAGCUGAACAACAACCACGAAUCUGGUACUUCUGCUCAAGAAAACGGAAGACAUAAUCCAUGGGAAGAAACUAAGCAGGCUUUGACAGCACAGAAGGCAUGGCUAUCUCAGGAAGAUAGCUGUAAAAAACCUGAGAGUUCAGGCAGGAGCCCAUGGUCCUAUAAGGCCUUGAGAGGCAGCGCAUUGGGUCCAACAGUUGCUUUAUUAAGGGCACAAAAUGAAUUAUGACGAGCACAGAAUGAAUGAAUCAAGUAGCGUGGCUGUGCAUUUGCUAUGCACAUAAUUUUGCAACCACAAGGUGGGUGAGCAUUUCACUGAUGAUGCUAAAUUUUGCUUAAGGUACAUGUAAUGGAAACAUGCAAGGUAUAUUUAUGGCUCAACUUUUUUGUAUAGUGUCGUCUCUUACCUUCAACUGCAGUGGCCGAGUGGAAAUCCUUUCUGUCAAUUUUCUCCUUUACGCUGCUUUGAGAUCUUCAUUCAAUCACAGCUUUCUCCGUA